AUGGAUUCCUUCCCACCAGCCGAGGCCGCCUACGAGAUGGCUCAUUUGAGUGACAACCGCGGAUAUCAACAGACGGUUCCAAUCGCGAUAUUCGGUGUUUUCGCAUUUCUUUGUGUGCUCUUGCGACCAGUCGCACGUCGUUCGACCGGAAUACCUUUGGGCCUAGACGAUUGGCUUAUCAUAGUUUCAAUGGUAUGAAAUUCCGAUAAAUAAUUGAUGCUUCAGAACUAAGCUGUUGUUUUCAUAAACAGGUGUUCGCGAUCGCUCUGGUAGUAGCCACAUGCAUGAGUGAGUUACUUUUCUUUGUUUCAAAUCCGAAGAUUUGUAUAAUAACCAACCUCAAAUAGCGACCAAAUUCGGCGUUGGACGCCAUCUUCUAGCGGUAAUCAUGGAUAAUCCCGGAGAUCUUGUUAACUUCGGGAAGGUAAGCGAACGAUACUGCCCGUUUAGUUGUAUACUGGUCUGAUCAUACUUAGGUCAACUUUGCUCUUCAGGUUGCUUAUCCAGGCACACUUGGUUUCGCAAAACUUUCUAUUCUCGCCCUAUAUGUACGAAUAUUCCGCGUUGCAGGGGAUCCCUUCAUGUUUGCUGUUUGGGCUACGGCAACUUGGAUAAUCCUCUGGAUGAUUGGUGUUUACUUGGUUGUUUUACUUGGUUGUAUGCCACUUCACACAUACUGGACAGCUACCUGCCGUCCAACUUAUCCAACAAGUGUCACCACUGGUGUGCUCAAUAUAGUAUCAGAUAUUGCAGUUCUCGUUUUGCCUCAAGCUCAAGUAUGGGGUUUACAAAUGCCAAUGAGAAGACGAGCUGGACUGAGUGUCAUCUUUCUACUCGGAGUUCUGUAAGUCCCAGUAAAUCCUACGUCCUAUUGUGAGACUAAGCUGAUCCUUUUACUCAUUUAGGGCAACUGUGAUGAGUAUAGCAAGAAUUCCGAUACUGAAAAUGGGCAACGCAGGUGGCUCAGUUGACAUUACAUGUAAGACGAAAUCUCUCUUAUCUUGACCACGACUAAUUCAGAACAGACAACCUCAUUAGAACUUACGUCUUUACCGUUUUGGAACCAAUGAUUGCGAUAAUAUGUGCUUGUUUACCUGUGCUCCAAGGACUCUUCGUCAAAGGCUAUACAACGGGUUUUGGUUUCUCUUCCAUCUGGUCACUUCUACAAAUCAAAACAACAAAGACACAAGAUAGCAAAGAUUCAUGGAGAAAGAUUAGCAAGGAGGGUACCAAUGCGACCCAGUGGCAAAAGACAACUUCACAGAAGUCAUUGCAGCAAGACCAGAACUCGAUGGAACGUGGGGAAUACGAACUUGGGAAUAUGUCCGCAAUUUCGGCAAGAGCAAACUAG